AUGGAGGUCCAAACUCAGACUCUCGCAACCUUCGAUGUCGAUACUUCUCAUUUUUCUUCCACUCCCAUAAACAACUCGGAGAUUUGCAACGCUGAGGUUCGGUGCCCCGAGAUGCCUGGCUUUUCGAAUGAAGCUCCGGAAAGGAUUGACGUUGAAUCACCGGCCUCCGGUCGACGAGAAUGCAAGGAUGGACGCGGCGAAAUGGCGGUAGGCGGAAGAGAAUGGGAAGGCUCUCUAUCGGCCGGAGCUCCGAUGAGCCCAGGUGGUGCUCCGAAAACAUGCCCUAAGACUGCCGGCACGAAGGUGCAGAAGGUUUACCGGAGCUAUCGUACGCGUCGCAUGUUAGCAGAUUCCGCUAUGGUUGCUCUGGAGCUUUUGUGGCUAGUGAUAUCCUCUGUCAAUUACCCGAAGCCAGACAAAGAAUUCUGGCGGUGGAAUCGUGUCAUUUUGAAUGCUUCCAAGGUGGGCAAGGGUUUGUCUAUGGAUGCCAAGGCACAAAUAUUGGCUUUUCAACACUGGAUUGAAGCUAUUGAUCCCAGGCACCGUUAUGGACACAGCUUACAUCUGUAUUAUAAAGAGUGGUGUAAAAGUAAUGCUGGUCAAGCCUUCUUCUACUGGCUCGAUCUUGGAGAAGGCAAAGAGGUUGACCUCGAAGAGUGCCCAAGAUCAAAGCUUCGUCAACAAUGCAUCGAGUAUCUUGGGCCGCAAGAGAGAGAACAUUAUGAGUGCGUGGUUGUUGAUGGAAAAAUAUUGCACAAAUUAACUGGAAAACCUCUUCAUACAAACAAAGGAUCGCCAGAGUUGAAAUGGAUCUUUGUGGUGAGCACAUCCAAGAAACUCUACACUGGAGAGAAGAAGAAAGGAUUGUUCCAUCAUUCCAGCUUUCUUGCGGGAGGUGCUACUUUAGCUGCUGGAAGGCUCAUGGUAGUAGAUGGAGUUCUUAAGUGCAUCUCACCUUACAGUGGACAUUAUAAACCAACCGAUGAUAGCCUUGAGAGCUUUUUAUCAAUUCUCAAGGAAAAUGGAGUCAACCUGGAAGAAGUCGAGAUCCGCAAAGCAAAUGAAGAUUCUGAGAGUCACUAUAAUGGUAAAUCGGCUAAUGACCUGUCUGCAUCAGAUUCUGUUCAACCCGAUCUUCCCAGUGAAGAGGAAAGAAACCUACCUUUAGAAACAACUGAAGCUUCUCGUCGGCCUGAAAUUCAAAUUGAGUACAAGAGGACUCUCUCUGGCGGUCUCCAGAGCCCUAGAUCAGAUGUGCCAAAGGCAGCAAUACUGCAAAGAAUUGAGUCCAAGAAGGCUGCAAAGUCGUAUCAAUUAGGCCAUCAACUCUCGCGCAAAUGGUCGACAGGUGCUGGUCCUAGAAUUAGUUGUGUUGCCGACUACCCUCCAGAAUUGAGGUUACAGGCUUUUGAACUUAGCAAACUCUCUCCCAGAGCAUCUCCUUCAUCAUCAACUCCCAGACGGGCUUCUGCUCUUGCUUCGCCCACCGCUUAUCCACCAUAUCUUAGUAAUGGUGACACAACAAGCUCUUAA